AUGGAGUCCUUCUUCAAGCAGCGUUCUGUGAGCUCCAAACACAACAAGAGAGUCAGAGCAUGUGAUCGUGUCUUAGAUAACUCUAUGAAUGUGGAUGAUUUCCUCUCCGCUCUGAGAGAAGUGACAGGCAAAGACUACAAGAGAAGUGACGUGGAGGAGUUAUUCAAUGAGAUGGACGCCUCUUGUGCUGGGCGUAUAGGAUGGGAAGCUCUCUAUAACUAUAUACUGCAGAAGUACAAGCAGAGUAGAGACUCACUACAGGCUGAACUUAAUGUACCCAUUUCACAACCACUGAUACGCCACUGCGUCUAUAACAAGCGAGAACCAAUCAUACGAAUCUUGGCAGUGGACCAGUCACCAAACAUGCGUUACAUCAGCAUCAGCAAAGGAGGAACCAUCACAGCAUGGAACAGUCGUCUUAACAUAAUAAAGCACCUAAGGAUGUGUGCUGAUUCCUCUGAAAACAAAGAAUUGGGUAGAUUUCAGUGUUGUACCACAGAUGGUGUCUACAUGGCAAAUGUCCACAAGAUUGCAGUGGCAACAAUGAGCAGGGGAAUUCACUUCUUUGACGUUACAACCACUAACUGUUUUGAGGAGUUUCAUUUAUUUGGAUUGAGUCAUGUCGCAACUGCUCUGUGUUAUUGGUAUGACAAAGAGGCUCCAGGAGAAAAGUGCAUGCUGAUGUGGGGAGAUGAGAAAGGCUCUGUAAAUGUAUUGUGGUUUCUUCACCCUUUUAAGGGGCUCUUUAUGAAUCCAUUCACUAACAAAACUGCCCCUGCGCAUGUUUUUAUGCCAGACAUUAGUGCCCACAGUGCACUGAUCUCCUAUCAGCAAAUCCCACAAAUCCACAGUGAGCCAAUCAACAGAAUCCUGUAUGAGCACCACGGUGAGCUCAUUGUUACUUCAUCUGAAAGCCCAGACAGCUCUGUGGUUAUCAUUGAUAUCAAUCAGAAGAGAGAAAAUUAUAUUUGGAGAAUCGAAGAGGGAGUUAUGUGUUUUGACUUCAGCUGUUCUCUCAACCUCCUGGUAACUGCUGGAGUGGAUGCUGCUGUAAGACUGUGGAACCGCUACGUGACUUCUCAACCUACAGCCGUUCUGCGCAGUCAUCAGACUACUGUGGUGGAUGUGGUUAUUCACCAAGCAAUGAGCAAGAUCUUCAGCUACUCUAGAGACUCUGUGCUAAACAUAUGGGAUAUAUCUUCUCAUCAAUGCGUAAAGACAAUCGAGCUGAAAUUCCCUAAUUUCCAAGUAGGCCUUAUUCUAGAACAUGGCAGAUUUCCUCUGCUCCUCAGCCUGACUGAAGAUCCUGCCCUCCUGGUGACCUGUAGGGAGUAUCUGGCCAUGCUGAGACUGCUCAAAACAGAGCCCAACAAAAGCUCUAAACUCUACAGCUGUGUCCUUUACAGUCCUCUUCUUGAACAGGUUAUCACAGCCUGUGCUGACUCUACAUUGGCUGUGUGGGAUGUGAAGACAGGCGUGAGGAAGAUGGAAAUAAGGAAUGCUCAUGGUAUGGAGAAUAUUUCCUGCAUUGCACUGGACAGAAGCCAACGCAGACUGAUCUCUGCAGCCACCAACGGCACUAUCAAGGUUUGGAACGCCCUGAAUGGCCACAAUCUUCACAAGUUAGAAGCUGUCUCCAAUACAGAGGUUACUGGGAUCAUCUGUCACCAUGACAACCAGCUUAUAGCCACAGGAUGGAGUCGACUGAUUGCUCAAUAUAGCAUUGCAUUUUCAAAUGACACUUAUGUAAAAGCAGACAUGUCCUGGAAGUCUGGUCGUCAGCACAGUGAGGAUAUCAUAGCCAUGGAUCACUGCCCAAGUCUGGGACUUCUGGCAACUGGGAGUUACGAUGGAGAAAUUAUUAUAUGGAGCAUGGAUCUUCAAAAGCCAAUAACAAGACUGCAGAGAUCGUGUGGGGGUAGAGUAUAUCCGCCAGUUCGUAGGCUGCUGUUCCUGCAAAGACGAGCUCAGAAAAGUGGUUUGAGAAACAGUGCCGUGCUGCUCAGCUCACAGGCCGGAUCUGUCUGCUGGUGGAGCAUCUAUGGACCCAAGCACAAACAUGGGCAGUUCUAUGUGCCUGGUGAAUCUAAUAAAAGUGUGACAGGUUUAAGUUCAGACCAGGAAAAUAGUAUACUGGUUACUGGAGACACCACAGGAUCCAUCAAGGUGUGGGACAUUUCACACUACGCCUUAUCAUCUGGAGAUGAGCCUGCAGAAGAAUUGCCCCCACUGUUACACUCUUGGAAGGGCCAUAAAGACGCUAUAGUGAACAGUGAGAUCCUGGUGUACAACUCACGACUCUUUGUGCUGAGCGUGUCAGUGGAUUGCAAGGCCUGUCUUUGGACCAGUGAUGGAAGUUGUGUGGGCUUUUUUGGACAGGAUGAGCGAUGGGAUUUGAGCAAACCAGACACUUAUCAAAUCAACAGAGAGAAUGUACUAAAUCAAUCCAAGAUGGAGAGGUGGUGAGGAGAAAGAACAGCCAAUUACAAGAAGAGGAGACCUUUGAAGCCCUGAAUACUUGGAAAAUGCAGCAGAUUUCCAGAAAAACAGAAGAGAGCAGAUAACUUUUUUUAUAUUCUGCGCACUAUGAAACACUGGAGCACCAGACAGUUGAAAUUAUAUGACGUAAGAGUCCUAUAUUGAUGCCCAUACUAUUCAUCACUUUAUUCAUAACUGUUGAGAAGUCAUUGCUUUUGUGAUAUCUGGACGUUUGACACAUUGAAGAAUAAAAAAAAAACAGUUUUUUAAACACUGUGCCCAUGGUCAUUGCGUUUCAUUGUUCAUUGUUUCAUUGUGUAAUUUUCAUGUUUACCUAAAUGUAAUUUAGCAUUCAGGUAUAUAUUAGUCGUAUUGCAUCACAACUGCUUAUAUUUAUAAAAUAUAAACCUCUAUUACCUUUUAGGUUUUAAAUCUAAGCAUUUAAGCACAAGAUUGUAACACAUUUAUUAUUAUUUUUACUGUAUAGACGGUUUCAUCGGAUGCACGUGAUACACGUCUGGAUCCAAACCUUACUUCCGGUUUCGUUUUUUUAAUGGUCUGACUAGUUAUUAAAUUGAUCUUUUGAACGAAUGCCUCUUUGAAAAUAACAAAUGUUUUGGUUUCCUAGGUAAUCGAUGUGUUGUUUUUUUGCUUGUUAUAUAAAUAAACUACGUUUAAAGAACUUUGUUGUUAUUUAUUCUUAGCGGAGUUUACCGGAAGUUACGUGUGGACCGCGACAGCCGCUUGUUUAUGUUGUUACUGCUGAAACGGUC